GAUCACCAAACAAGGAGGCAAGCCCCAGAUUGAGGGACACCGCAGGCCUGCCAGGGGGUUUGCCUUUUUCUUCUGGAUGACAUAAGUGACCGGGGUGGCACAAUGGGAAUUUAAAAAAACGUGUCCCCCCCAAAAUACUUCACAUUAAAGCCAACAUCUCAGCCUCUGCACUGGUGUCCCUGCGCGCACAGGUGGGACAGCCACCAUGUCCACGGGCUCUGCCACCAGUGAUGCAGAGGACGACGAAACACGGAGCAGAAGGGCCGUCAUCUCCUCAGAGGGGCCGCCGAGGAGACCCACCCGCUUCGAUCCCGACCGCUUUUCGGAGGAGGACCCGGAGGAUGAGAGGAGCGCAGAGCAGGAGCGCGACGGCGUGUCCAGGACGCACCAGAAGGAGGCGCGGCAGUCGCAGAGGAACGCGGCCAACGCCCGGGAGAGGGCGAGGAUGAGGGUGCUGAGCAAAGCCUUCUCCAGACUGAAAACCAGCCUGCCCUGGGUUCCAGCGGACACCAAGCUGUCCAAGCUGGACACGCUCCGCCUGGCCUCCAGCUACAUUUGCCACCUCAGGCAGCUCCUGCAGGAGGACCGGCUCCAGGACCACUUUGUGCACCCGGUCAAUCUGACCUGGCCAUUUCUGCUGUCUGGACGACCAGAGGAGGACAUCUCAUCCACUGGAAGACUCUGCGGGGCAACAGCGUAGGCCAGCCACCCUACACAGCUCCAACAGAAGAGCCUACAGCCUUCAAUAGGACUCCAGGCAUGCUCAUAUUUGGAAAAACAAAACACAAAAACUGUCCAUGUCAGUGUGAUGUCUCUUAUCUUUGUCUUGAUAACAUUGGACACAAAACUGUUAUGCUGCAUGUAUAGUAUUUACACUGAGUGUGUUUGGCUUCAUUUGAUUUGAAUUGUCCCAUUUUUUUUACUGUCAUAUUAUCAAUCCAUUUAGAGAAGUAUUUUUUCUUUGUCUUUGUGUGGAAUCCAUGGAAACAAAUCUAAAAAGCAUUGUUUGUUUUCUUUAUUUGACUUGGCAAUAAUAUAAUGCUCAAUAUAAGAAAUUCUCUUGAUUGCAGAUGUAUUUAUUAUGUUUUUGCCCUUCAUUAGUCUUGUUUCCAAUACAAACUGAUCAGCAGUAUCUGUUUUCUCCCUCUGUGACCAGGCUCGCUAAAAUACUAAGUCAGCUAUACCUUUUUUUUCAAAUUGUCAAGUUGGUGUUCAGGGGAGAAAAUACUGCAUGGGAGAAUAGGGUGAGCUGACCACUGAAUGAAAUGACAUGCACCUCUGUAUCUUGGCAUGGAUGUGUUUUUACAGUCACCUGCCCAUCAUGUUGAAGGGAGACAUCAUUUCUGUAAAGGAAAAAAGAAGCAAAUGGCAGCAGGGUGAGGAGCUACUUUGUGAAACAGUUUGAAUAUAGGCCAAUCAAAAGUAUUUGGCUGUUACAUCAACGUCAGUAUUUUC